GUUUAGAUUUUGUAUUUCUGGCAAGAAAUUGCUCGAAGGUAGGAUAUUUGAAUUGUUGCAUCUAUGGUUCCAGAUUAUUCUCUGUGACAAAGCAAAAGAAGCGAUAUUAGUGCGUUGCCGGUGAGAAUGGAUAAGGUUACGGAGCUGAAGGAGCAAGGGAAUGCCGCCCUGCAGGCGGGCAAGUUCGAGGAAGCGGUUCGGCACUACUCCGCGGCCAUCGCGCUGGACGCCGGCAACCACGUGCUGUACAGCAACCGGUCGGCGGCCUACGCCAAGGCGGGCCGCUACCUGCAGGCGCUCGAAGACGCAGAGAAGACCAUCGAGCUGAAGCCGGACUGGGGCAAGGGCUACUCGCGCAAGGGCAGCGUGCUGGCGUACCUGGGGCGCCUGGACGAGUCGGUGGCGGCCUACGAGGAGGGCCUGCGCCACGAGCCGUCCAACCAGCAGCUGGCGGACGGCCUGAAGGAGGCGAGGGCACGGCUGGCGGACAACCAGGCCGACUUCGGCAACCCCUUCCGCUCGCCCGACCUGUUUGCCCGCCUGGCCAUGGACCCCCGCACGCGCGCCUACCUCGACGACCCCGACUACGUCAAGCUGGUCAAGGAGCUGCAGGACAACCCCAACAGCUUCGGCAUGAAGCUGAACGACCCGCGAGUGCUGACCACGCUGAGCGUGCUGCUGGGGAUGAACCUGGGCAAGGGGGCAGCUGACGAGGACAUGGACACCUCUCCGCCGCCCCCUUCGCCGACCACCGCCCGCCCCCCGCCCCCGCCCCCGUCGCAGGCCGCCCCCAAGGCCAAGGUUGAGCAGAUGGACCAGGAUCUGACAAGCGAACAGCGUCAGGCAUUGCGGGAGAAGGAGCUCGGAAAUGAAGCCUACAAGAAGAAGAAUUUUGAGGCAGCCCUGAAGCACUAUAACAAGGCAGUGGAACUGAAUGGGAAUGAGAUAACAUUCCUAAACAAUAUCGCAGCCGUUUACUUUGAGCAGAAGGAGUACCAAAAGUGUAUUGAGCACUGUGAAAAAGCAGUAGAGGUUGGUCGAGAGAACAGGGCUGAUUUCAAAUUAAUAGCAAAGGCUUUCACUCGAAUGGGAAAUGCAUUCAAGAAGAUGGGUAAUUUAACUAGUGCGAAGGCCGCCUUUGAGAAAUCCCUGUCGGAACACCGCACCCCGGAGGUGAAGUCUCUUCUCUCGGACGUGGAGAAGAUGAUCAAGGACGAAGAGAGGCGGGCCUACAUAAACCCCGAGCUGGCAGAGGAGGAGAAGGAAAAGGGCAAUGAGCUCUUCAAGCGUGGGGACUAUGCCACUGCCGUCAAGCACUACACGGAGGCGAUCAAGCGCAACCCGGACGACCCCAAGUACUACAGCAACCGGGCAGCGUGCUACACCAAGCUGGCUGCGUUCGACCUGGGCCUCCGCGACUGUGACAAGUGUCUGGAGCUGGACCCCAAAUUCAUCAAAGGCUGGAUACGAAAGGGCAAGAUACUGCAAGGCAUGCAGGAACACGGGAAGGCAAUAUCUGCGUAUCAGAAAGCCAUUGAAUUGGACCCUAACAAUUCUGAAGCCAUCGAGGGCUACCGCUCGUGCACCAUGGCGGCCAGCUCCAACCCCGAGGAGGUGCGCAAGCGAGCCAUGGCCGACCCGGAGGUGCAGGCCAUCAUGAGGGACCCCGCCAUGAGGCUCAUCCUGGAGCAGAUGCAGAACGACCCCAAGGCCCUCGUCGACCACCUGAAAAAUCCAGAGAUUGCAGCAAAAAUUCAAAAACUGCACGAGUCUGGCCUCAUCGCUAUCCACUGAUCUGCUGCCCACUUCGUCAACGAUGUGGACACGUCAUUGAGGCAACGGAUGGCGUGAACUCGGCGAAUGUGAUGCAUUUACUGAUUUAUUCCAAUGCAAUGGACUUCUGCUUUAUCUGUUGGAAAAAUGGAUACUGCUUUAUCUGUUGGAAAACGGAUAGAUUCUUAUAUUUUAGCCGCGAGAGACACACAUAAGACAUUAUCAUAUUUAAGUCUAAAAUUCAAUUAAUUCAUCUUUUAUUUGGCAAUGUGUGAAUUGAUUGCACUGUUGUGAUUUAACUUGGUAGUUGUUAAAGAAAAAAAGUAUUGAAUGAAUAGGGCAAAGUGUUCAGUGCUGGUAGCAAAAUCAACUGUUCCCAGUAGUAAGUUAAGCCUUAGAAAUAAAAGUGCUCUUUUUUCCCCCCACCAAAAAUCAAUUUUCAAACAGCCUAAUUAAGAUGGUAUUCCUACUGAAUUUAGCAUCCUUACUUGUUUCUGUUCUUUGAAGGUAACACUAACACCAUUGCCUCACAGUUUUUCCAUUAUGUUAUUAGAUAUAAUGUUCCAUUGAACAAACUGGAAGUUGAGUCCAAGUAUGUUUGGAAGCACUUGUAAUUUUUGUUUACAAUGGCUAAUAAAUAAUUUAAGGAUU